GAAUUUUAGGAGCGGAAAUGUUGAACUCUCAAAACAACUAAAUCGGUUCGUCGGUGUUCGACUACAAACGUGUGGUGUCGCAAGGACAUGACAGGAGUAACUCUUAGUGUCGAGGUGUCAAUAACAAACAUUUGGAAAUAGACAUAAAUCUUUUCGUCACUGUCUUAGCGGCUGUGCGGUGGAAACCAUCAUGGUUGUCGGUCGCGUCCGCUGGUAGCAGUGACAUUGACGGCGGUGUCACACGAACUAGCCGAUAAAACGUCCCGUGAUCGUUAAUUAUACAUUAAAAUCCUCUCAGCUGUCGGCGGCGUUUGCAGCAGACUGUCAUUAUGUGAAUGUGAGUUGAAUGAGAAUCACAAGGACGCCAUGGUUGUAUUCGCUGUCAGUCUGUUCAGGUGCAGCCGCUUCGGUUCGCUCUCUUCACCCCUGACACGAACCGCCUUCUUCAGUAAACAAGCUGUUUUUCCUCCGAAGACGACGAACACUGUGUCGCCUCACAUCAGCUGUCAAAAGGCAACGACAUCUUUCCUCUUCAGAAAACCUGUAUUAUUCUUUAAAAAUGGACCGACCCCGUGUUUGCAGAUCAGUCCCAAACUUCAGGAGUCUGGACACUUCCACACCUCAGCCUCCCUGAAGGCUCUGCCCGCUCCUCUCAUAUGGCUGGUGCUGAAACCUCUCCAGAAGCUCAUGGCUAUAAUACUGGGCAGGAGUAUAAGAAAGUGGUGGGUGGCUCUACCAAACAACCGACGACAGCUCAUGCGAGAAUGGGCUUGGCUGCGCCGCUGGCAUCUGACAGCAGGGGCAGUCGUUGCUAUGGUGAUUGUAGCUCUCCUUCUCCUGACCUACCUGGAUGAGACUCCUUUGACGGGACGGACCCGCCUCCUGGUGUUCAGCAGAGAAAAUUUCAUGGAGCUGGCUGCCUUGACUUCAGAAGCUUACCUGGAGGAGUUUGCAGACCUGCUGCUUCUGGUCAGUGACCCCCGUCACAAGGUAGUUGAGCGGGUGGUGGAGCAUCUGGCACAAAGGAACAAGGACAUCCCUGAAGUGUCCGAUGUCACCUGGAGUGUCCAUGUGGUGCAAAGUCCAGACGUCAACGCCUUUGUCCUACCUAAUGGGAAAGUGUUUAUGUUUACGGGGAUGCUGGACGCUGUGGCAGAUGUUCACCAGCUCACUAUUGUUCUGGGACAUGAGAUGGCUCAUGCAUUAUUGGGACACUCGGCAGAACAGGCCAGUCUGUCUCACGCCGUGGACCUCCUGUCCCUUAUCCUGCUGACAGCCGUCUGGGCCGUGUGUCCACAUGACAGCUCGGCACUGCUGGCACACUGGGUACAGGACAAGCUUAUACAGUUGAUCUUCAGUCGUCCCUACAGUCGGAAACUAGAGGCUGAGGCUGAUAAAAUAGGACUGCAGUUGGCUGCUAAGGCGUGUGCAGAUGUGCGAGCUGGACCUGUUUUCUGGCAGCAAAUGGAAAUCAGAGACCAGCUGACAGGGCAGCCGUCUCUCCCUGAGUGGCUGUCCACACACCCGUCGCACAGGAACAGAUUCACUCAGAUGGACAUCCUUAUACCAGAGGCUCUGAAGUUGAGGGAAGGUUGCAUCUGCCCUGAUUUACCUGCGUCUGACCCUCGAAAAAUCUUCUCCAAGAGUGUCCAGAUGUUGCUGGAAAAAACUAAGGAUCAAAGCAGGGGAGGGUCAGAGGGUGCAAGCAAGCCCCACCUGCCCCACAGCGCUGUCUUACACACUGCUCUGCCUGCAGCUCUGCUUCCCCAAACUACACUUCUUCCCUCCUCAAAUCUUGAUCAAGGAAACAAAGGUCCAGUCCCAGUUGUUGCUUCAGAGAUGAGUGUAGUCGCACCUGUCCGUGCUCCCACUGUGGGUGACGGACCACAAGACAUGGUCACCAGCUGACAGGGUGUUAUGUCUUCAUGAAUCAGUGGAGUUUUUCACUGACUGGUCUUGGCUGCUGUAUUUAUUACUGAUUUGGGACAUUUCGCCCUUUAGAUUUCAGUAGCUCUGUAAUUGCCAAUCUAUAAUCACUGCUGCUAUAUGUUGGUCGGGGUAACAGCUCAAUGGAGGUUUGGUGUAAUGCUGUAAUUGCAGUGAAUUAAGGGUUAUGAAUUAAGAGAAGAAAAAAUGAUGAGAACGUACAGUAUGUCGCUGUAGUUUGUAGUUUUCAUCCGGUACCGUCCAAUAUUUCUGAUGCUUAGCAGCUACCUCGUCUCCGCGCUCUCUGCUGGCAUCAUGUGUGUUGAACUGUUACUCGCUGUGUUAUAUGCUAGUUGGCACAAUAGACCAAAAACCCCAAACCAAAACAUAAUCCCAAUUUGCAGCCCACAAAUGAAAACGUAUUUUGUGAAUAUACCGGCUGCGCCAUUGUCAUCGGUGACACCAGUAUUUCAAUUUAACGCUUCCUUCAUCUCUGGUGACACAUUAUGAUCAUUUUAUAUCUUAAUAUAAUACGUUUGGUACGUAGUGUAAAUCACCUUUAAAGGAAACUAUCACUCCUAACCUUUUCAUCUCAACGUGCUGCUGACUGAACUUUCAGAGAGACAUUAUCUACACCUAGUGAUGACAAAGAAGCCACAUUAAUUAGAUAACGGGGAAAUGAUAAAUUAAUUAGUAAAGCUUCCAUACAUUGGGAGAUUAAUAUGUGCAUUAUUCAUCGACACACUCCAACCCGACAAGAGUAAGCACUUUGAGUAUGCAUGUUGGAGAAUGUGUCCAUGGCAAGCAGAGGACAUCUACAUUCUCAUUAUGACGAGUACAUUUUCAUGCCACGCACACACACACACACACAGUACUUUAUGCAUACUCUGCCUGAGGGAUUUAUUGGUGUAAAUUUAUGCUGGUUUGUUUUCAGGUGUUAAAACACAGCCUUCUGCUCAUGAAUGUCGGCAUCCAUCGUUGAGCUUUGAGAAAUCUUUCAUGGGAUUUUGUACAGUUUUAUUUAACAAGGCACACCGACUGAGAAAACAUUGUUACAGCAACAGCUUGCAGCAAGAGCCACACACUAAAGAGGGUGCGUCUAACAAGUGCCGUUCGCUUUAUUUCACUGUAAACAGAAAAGGUUCAAAGUCAAGGAUGUGUUUUUACAAGGGCAAAUGGCCAGCAAUAGGUUUGUGCUAAACCGUGCAAUGAAAAGCCAAGGUAAUGCGGUUUUUGCAUAGCAAUAUCUCAGCAGAAAUGUGCUCUGUUUGCAAAUGGCAGCAAAAAAUAAAUUUGGGAAAAAUUGA